CAUGAACGGCUCGGCCGCGCCACUUCCCGCCGCUCUCAGCCUCAGCGGCCGGGCCGCCGCCUCCCUGGCCGCAGUGUCCGGAGCCGCGGCUGCCGGCCUGGGCUCCACGCAGCCCACCGAUCUAGGCGCUCACAAGCGGCCGGCGUCCGUGUCCAGCAGCGCGGCGGCGGACCACGAGCAGCGCGAGGCGGCGGCCAAAGAGAAGCAGCCGCCGCCGCCUGCCCACCGGGGCCCGGCCGACAGCCUGUCCACCGCGGCGGGGGCCGCCGAGCUUGGCGCGGAAGGGGCGAGCAAAGGCCGCGGGCCCGGAGACCAGGACUGGGUCAAUAGGCCCAAGACCGUGCGCGACACGCUGCUGGCGCUGCACCAGCAUGGCCACUCGGGGCCCUUCGAGAGCAAGUUUAAGAAGGAGCCGGCCCUGACUGCAGGCAGGUUGUUGGGUUUCGAGGCCAACGGGGCCAACGGGUCUAAAGCAGUUGCAAGAACAGCCAGGAAAAGGAAGCCUUCUCCAGAACCAGAAGGUGAAGUUGGGCCUCCUAAGAUCAAUGGAGAGGCCCAGCCAUGGCUGUCCACACCUACAGAAGGGCUCAAGAUCCCCAUGACUCCUACAUCAUCGUCUUUUGUGUCUCCACCACCACCCACUGCCUCACCUCAUUCCAACCGGACCACACCGCCUGAAGCGGCCCAGAAUGGCCAAUCCCCCAUGGCAGCCCUAAUCUUAGUAGCAGACAAUGCAGGGGGCAGUCACGCCUCCAAAGAUGCCAACCAGGUUCACUCCACUACCAGGAGGAAUAGCAGCAGUCCACCCUCUCCGUCCUCUAUGAACCAAAGAAGGCUGGGCCCCAGAGAGGUGGGAGGCCAGGGUGCAGGCAGCACAGGAGGACUGGAGUCAGUGCACCCUGGCAGCCUCCCGGACUCCUCUCUAGCAGCCAGUGCUCCCCUGUGCUGCACCCUCUGCCACGAGCGGCUGGAGGACACCCACUUUGUGCAGUGCCCAUCCGUCCCUUCGCACAAGUUCUGCUUCCCUUGCUCCAGACAAAGCAUCAAACAGCAGGGAGCUAGUGGAGAGGUCUAUUGUCCCAGUGGGGAGAAAUGCCCUCUUGUGGGCUCCAAUGUCCCCUGGGCCUUUAUGCAGGGGGAAAUUGCAACCAUCCUUGCUGGAGAUGUGAAAGUGAAAAAAGAGAGAGACUCGUGACUUUUGGGUUUCUGAAAACCCAAUGAUUCUCCUUAAUUAAAACUGCUUGAAUUGUAUAUAUAUCUCCAUAUAUAUAUAUAUAUAUAUAUAUCCAAGACAAGGGAAAUGUAGAGUUCAUAAACAUGGCUGUAUAAUUUUGAUUUUUUUUUUGAAUACAUUGUGUUUCUAUAUUUUUUGACGACAAAAGGUAUGUACUUAUAAAGGCAUUUUUUUCUUUUGUUAACGUUAUUAGCAUAUCUUUGUGCUUUAUUAUCCUGGUGACAGUUACUGUUCUAUGUAGGCUGUGACUUGCACUGCUUUUUUAGAGCACUUGGCAAAUCAGAAAUGCUUCUAGCUGUAUUUGUAUGCACUUAUUUUAAAAAGAAAAAAAAGCCAAAUACAUUUUCUGACAUUGUAA